AUGUCUCGCUCAGGUGGCACAACUCUCUACGUCACUGGCUUCGGCCACGGCACUCGAGCGCGCGAUCUCGCCUACGAAUUCGAACGAUAUGGCCGACUUGUUCGGUGUGAUAUUCCUGCACCACGGACAGCUUCCAGUCGCCUGUUCGCUUUCGUAGAGUAUGAAAGCCGUCGUGAUGCAGAUGAUGCCUACCAUGAAAUGCACAACAAACGCAUUGGUCGUGAUGACCUACUGAAGAUUGAGUGGGCUCGCACUCCUCCAUCUGCAUCCUGGCGCUUUGACUCUGGCCGUGACCGUCGUCGAGACAGGACUCCUCCUCGCCGCGGACGUUCUCCCUCUCCUCGCCGCGGACGUGGUGAUUACUCGCCUCGUAGGGAUGAGAGACGUGACAGAGACUACGACCGACGUGACCGGGACCGGGACCGUGAUCGCGAGCGCGAGCGUGAACGCGACCGGUCUCGCAGCCCCGAUGACCGUGACCGGGACCGAGACCUCAAAGAUGAUCGUGACAGACAGGAGGACCGAGAACGUCGUGAUGACGAGCACGACACUGCCACAAAUGGAGACGACAGAAAAGCCCUCGAACCGCCCACGUCAGGUCAUGAUGAACUCGACACAGCCGAGUAA